AUGGGUCAGGGCAGCAACCUGCCGUACACAGACCCGUGGGCUGUGCUGGGCGUGCCACGGGACGCCAGCCGGGAGGAUGUCAAAGCGGCCUUCCGCCGCGCCGCCCUCAAAUGCCACCCGGGUAAACAUGGACCCCAGCCCCAGCGCCCGCGCCGCUUUGCCGACGUCAAAGCGGCGGCAGACGUGCUGCUUAAGGGGCGGCAGCCCGGGCACCUGGGUAGCGGGGCAGCAGCGGCAAGAGCCUGGGACCCGGCGGCAGCGGCGGCGGCGGCGGCAGCCCAUGGCAGGCCGCCGCCCCGGCACCACACCGCGGCGCUGUGGGCGGGGGCCUGCCUGGCGUGUGGGCUGGCAUUCGGCUAUGGAGCCUACUGGCAGCGGCGGUAUGCCCACGCCGCCGCAGAGGCGGCAGAGGGCCGGAUGAGCAGCCCUGUUCCGCAGCGCCGCAAGCUGCUGGCUGCGCUGCUGGCCGACCAGCAGCAGCAGCAGCGGCGGCUGCACCAGGCGGCGGUUGGGGCAGGAGCGGCAGCGGCAGCAUCCGGCCUGCCGGAGCGAGGACGAGGGCCGGAGGGCAGCGCUGGAUGA